CAAAUUUAGGAAAAUUAUUUUAUAAACUCAAUUAGGAAAUUUUAGUAUAUAGUACUAUAUAUAUUGUAUCCAACAUGUUUAACGAAACAAUGAAAUGGAUACUUGAUUAUUAUGAGUGUCAUAUGCAAUGUAUUAUGUCGAUAAUUGGCAUUGUAUGGAACAUAAGUAACAUUGUGGAUCCGGAAAAUUUUGGUAAGAAACCUACACUGGCAUUGAUAUCCUGCGCAUUCGUUUUUGGAAUGGUAUUAUUGUUAAGCAAUCUUGCAUGCGUAUGGGCUAAGGAAUACCGUGUAUCAACUUGUCCUAAUAUAUUGAGAAUUUUUAUUUAUCCCUCUCAAAUCGUGGGCAUUACUUGUCUGAGCUACCUGUUUCUGUCAAUUUAUUAUGCUUUAUUCCUGGUUGGUGAAGUAGUGGACUCCAUGUCAUGGAUGUAUUUUUGGAAAACGACGAAGACACUCACAGAACAAGAACCAACAUUAGUAGGCUAUAUGCUUAUGGCAAUUGUAUUCUUAGGUGGAAUAUCUCAGAUUAGUUACAUUAGGUCAUUUAUUAAAGUAACUCAUUUGUGGCUACUAAUGAAGUUUAAGAGGCCCGCACCAGUAGAUCUAGUAUAUCGCAGAGGACGAUACUUUGAUCCUGUAGAACUUAACUUACAUGUGCAAUCUUAAGUAUAUGGGCGAGUAAUGAAAGAGGUCGAUCUCCACCUUGACCUAGUGAUAUCUCAACACGUAAAUAAACCUUAGCAAAUAUCUUUAGCUUGGAAAUUU